AUGGAUCCUACUACUUUUAUAGAUCCUCAGUUGACUCUCCCAGACCAUCUUGUGAUCGACAAUAUCCUUGAAGAUGCCAACCUUCAAGUGUCUGGGCGAGACCAACUCACCACUGAGGAGACAAUCCAAAAGUUGGGAGAUCUCAAUGAUCCCUCACAUCCUAGCUUCGAUCCCACCAUAUUCCAAUCCUGGGACAUGCCUGUGCUCCAAGCAAGACUGCCUUCUGUUGUGCAAAAAUAUGUGCUCCAGCCAUAUAUCAGCUGGGCUCAAGGCGUGGUACGCUUCAAGACUGAUGUGGUCAUGUUGACACAUCUUAUUCUGUAUUUCACGACCUUGGUACCCAGCGCUUUUCUGUUGCACUACCACUUCUCGUGGACUCAUGGCAUCUUGCACUGGAUCCUCCAGCUCUUCUAUUGUGGAGCUUUUACCUUGAUGAAGCACCAACACAUCCAUAUGAAUGGAAUUUUGUCCCCUAAAUAUUAUCUGUUCGACGUCCUCUUUCCCUACUUAUUGGACCCUCUUCACGGGCACACAUGGAACUCUUACUACUACCACCACAUCAAACACCAUCAUGUCGAAGGCAACGGCCCCAACGAUCUGAGCACGACUAUGUGGUAUGAUCGUGACAGUGUCUUUGACUUUUCGUGUUAUGUCGGCCGGUUCUUCUUCCUGAUAUGGUUCGACCUUCCGCUGUACUUUGCGAGAAAAGGACAAACCAAGCAUGCCGCCAGAGCCGCCUUCUGGGAGCUGAGCAACUAUGCAAUGAUUUAUCUACUCUACAACUAUGGCAACUCUCGUGCAACGCUCUUCACGUUAAUUCUCCCACUGAUGGUCAUGCGAGUAGGUCUCAUGGUGGGGAACUGGGGCCAACAUGCCUUCAUCGAUCCCAAAGAUCCUUACUCAGACUUCCUCUCCAGUAUUACACUGAUCGAUGUUCCAAGCAAUCGUUUCUCCUUCAAUGAUGGCUACCAUACUUCGCAUCACUUGAAUCCCCAUCGACACUGGAGAGGUCACCCGGUAGCCUUUACCAAGCAAAAGGGACGCUACGCGGAAGAAGGGGCCUUGGUGUUUCGCAACGUUGACUACAUAUUCAUCACCGUUAAGCUAUUGCAGAAGGAUUACAUGCAUCUAGCCAAAUGUCUGAUUCCAAUGGGCAGUCAAGUCAAAAUGACCCUUGAGGAACGAGCUCAGAUGCUGCGGACUCGGACACGUCGAUUCCAAUCCGAUAAAAAGAAAGAGUAA